CGCGGGCGGGCCGCGCGGGAAGGCUGUUUGAACCGAGCUGGCGGUUGUUCCUCAGUUCAGCGUCGCCAUGCCUCGUUACCUUGGCCUGAUGGGCUUCGCCAUUUGUGGCCGCCUUCUCACGGCCCUGUGGACAGGCAGCCCCGAGCCCAUGCCGCAGAGUAGCGCAGAAGGUCCCAGCGGUCACGGCCGGCUGGCAGAAAAGCUUCUUGGAGAAGAUCCACAGUACAGAGUCAUCUCACCAUUCAUUAUAUCAGGAGGUCAGAUGCGAAACAUGGAUCAUUUACAACAGAACAAUUAUACUGAUGACGUUGAAAUUUGGAUGGAAAUAGAAGAACAGCAUUUAACUCUGGACCUUAGAAGAAAUCACUUCCUCAUACCAGAAAGUCUUCACGUGUCAUAUUAUGAUGCAAAUGGAACACUGGUGACAGAACAAAGCAGCAGUUUGACUCACUGUUUCUAUGAAGGGACAGUAAGAGGAUUCCUUGGAUCCCAAGUUGCAGCAAAUAUAUGUUCAGGACUAAGCGGUCUAGUUAUCCUGAGUAAUGAGAGUUAUGUUAUUGAGCAUGUUGAGCGAGAGGGACAUGGUUAUCACCUGCUGUUUGGACCUAAGCAUCUGAAGCUAAAGGAGAUGAAGAGCAGUAGCAAACACCUAUUUUCUGAACAUACUCAACACCCACUUCGGUUAAAACGGUCCCUUGGUCCAGAAAUGAAAUAUUUGGAGUUGGUACUUGUGGCAGACAAAGUGGAGUAUCAGAGUGCUUUCAGCAGCAAACGAAAAGUUCUCAAUCGAUUGGCUAAUGCUGCUAAUUAUGUUGAUUUGUUUUACAGACCAUUGUACCUUCGAAUUGCACUAAUUGGUGUUGAGGUGUGGACAACAGACCAGAUUGUGGUGGACGACAAUGCAUCGGCCACCAUGAAACGAUUCCUGACGUGGAGGAAAAGAAGCCUUCUACCAAGAUUGCAUAAUGACAAUGCUCAGCUUAUCACGUUCAGGAUCAGUUCCUGAGGAUUGGAGAAUGGCUAAUGUUAUCCCACUUUUUAAGAAAGGAGGGGACUUCCGGUAAGAUGACGAUUGUUUAG